AUGUUUACUUCGCCCAUGGAAACAGAAGCAAUCUCCUACGAUGUUUCGAGUAUUGAUCUGAAACGCACAGCCAUUGAUUUCAGUGGUCAAAUUGGGUCCUUUUAUGAUGCGUGCCAAGAUCGUGUACUCGAACAGUCGAUUGAAAAUUGCAGAGAACUGCCAGUACAAACAGAUGUAACAGUUCAAGGAGAAAUUAAAUGUGGCUACGAUGAACAACCGCAGAAUAUUUUACGAUUCGUUUUUCAAGACGACCAUACAAGAUUGAGUAUUGUAUUAGGAUUAACAUCACGUACAGGUAGGGCUUCACUAAUUACUUAUCCCCAUCAAUACGAUGAAUGUACUCGAUUCUUCUGUUAUUCGUGUGCAAAUCAUGUACACAAAAUCGCAGAAAUGGCCGAGUAUAACGAACAACCGAUAUCUUUCUCUGCAGCAACACAUGUUAUAACCCAUAUUGAGUCGGGAAUCGAUUUAGUUGCAGUUAUGCAGCUGCGAUCUAAUAAAGAUGCAGAGACCGCGACUGAUCGUAUACUCAACGAACUUCUUGAAUGUUUACUACAUGAUGGGAAUAUUUCUUUAUCAAGUGAAGAUGAAGAAAUUCUUGCAAAAAACAUUGUUCAAACGACAGUUUACACCAAUGUUGAUGAAUUAAAAAAUCUAACCUCAAUUCUUGAUGUUAGUCACCAUAUCCUCCGAAGCAAAACUAGCAUCCGCCCAAUAACGUAUACUCUUCGACCCAUUAAGUGUUCAAAAUUCACUCUUCUACCAAGAGAACUUAGUGAAAAUAUUGAAGAUUAUGUGCUUCAACGAGUUACUGAUAUGAGACAAUUAGAAAAAUUUGGCACAAAUGAUGGAAGCAACUUAUUAUCCGAACAUUUGAAAGUGCAACUGACUAAUAUUAAAGCCCAGCGGUCUGAUUUGAAAAACAUAUUAAGAAAUGAAUUCAAACAAAUUUCCAAUUUAGUGAUCGCGAUUCGUUGUGGUCAAACUGACUGUAGUAGGUUACAAGAAUUACUUGGCAGCGAUGCACGAAAAACGGCGGAAGUUAGUAUUAAUCAUUUAAAGCAGAAUAUAAUGCAAUUCGAGCAAAAAGAAAAUUUUAUCCAAUAUUUAAAGCAAAAGAACAUCGAAUAUUUGGAUGCAUCUGCUUACAAAAUAAAUGAACACGAUGGUGAAAUAGCCAUUGUAAAGAAAUUGGUUGGAGAUAAGCAAAAUUAUCGAAUUUUCUGCUCCAGCGAUCUGCUAAACCACAAUAACUCAAAUGAAUUUCAAAAGUUAAUAUCUGGAUUAAUAGAAGAAGCCAACACAAACCCUGGUUUAUGUCUCAUCUAUGCAGAUUUUUCUUAUUGUUCUUUUCGUGUAUCUACUAUGGCUGUUUUGUCACCUUCAACGAGGAUGAAUGAAGACAAAAUCGAACACGCUUCGUCUCCAUCGAUAGAAACAGUUUUUGCACCAUCGGAUAUACCUGAGAAGUCGAUUGAAGAUCCUGUCGCUGAAGCGGUAUCUAAUACACCUCCAGUGGCACCAUCGGCGCCCACUGGUGAAACUAUUAGAAUUCUUCUUUUGGGUGAAACUGGAGUUGGCAAAUCAACUUUCAUCAAUGCUUUUGCCAAUUAUCAUAAAUACAGUACUCUUGCACUGGCCGAGUCAAGUCAACCAGUUGUACUUAUGCCGGUUUCAUUUAUGAUCACCACUGGUAAUGAUUUCACCGAACAUGUUAUUCAAUUUGGUGAUAUGAAUGAUUCACACAAUGAAGAUUUUCAUCGUGCUGGUCAAUCUGUAACGCAACACUGUAAAUCGUAUACAUUUGAUCUUAAUCAUAGUGACGGAAAGAAGUUGUGUAUCAUUGAUACACCUGGUUUUUGUGAUACAAGAGGUAUGGAACAAGAUGAUCAUAAUAUGCAACAUAUCUUAGAUUAUAUCAAAGAUAUUCAUGGUGUAGAUUUCACAUGUAUCCUUUUCAAGCCGAAUGAUGCUAGGCUCAGUAUCUUCUAUCGAUCAUGUUUUACUCAAUUGCUCUCUAUUUUACAUACAACAUCAGUUAAUAAUAUUAUUUUUUGUUUUACCAACUCUCGAUCGACAUUGUAUUCUCCUGGUGAUACAGCACCGUUGAUUAAAAAGAUGCUCACACAAGUCUCACUUGCUAAUAUUCCAUUCAAAAAAGACAACGCAUUCUGUUUUGAUAGUGAAUCAUUUCGUUAUUUGGUUGCCCUACAAAAUAGAAUUUCAUUCGAUCAUUUAGACAAACAAGAGUAUGAAAAUAGUUGGAUCCAUUCCGUUAGUCAAACAAAUCGUCUUAUUCGAUAUAUCUGUGACAACUUCGAUGCUUCUCGAAGGCGAGAUCAAUGA